GGGCGCAUCCACAGCGCGCACGGAGCCGAACCUCCGGUCCCGAUGUCACAGCGGGUUGAGGAGAGACAUGCCUGCGCUCGAUCCUCGCACAACCUGAACCCGAUGCUGCUGCUGGAUUUUCUAAUGCUCCGGAGAAAGUGCCAAACUUUGAGGCUUCAAGGAUGUUCCUCUCGGAUGCGCUCCUGCUGGGAAUAACGUGUGUGUCCGUCCUGUGCGAUCUCACCGGGGGCUCUGCGGACUUCUCAGAUUACCUGUCCAAAGUGUUGAGGAACUACACUGAGCUGGCCUGUGACGGAGACGUCUUGUCGCUUCGCUGCCCACCCCGCACCACGAUCACCGUCCAGUCAGCUUUUUACGGGAGGAGAGGGCCGUCUGACUCACAAAAGUGCCCAAAGAGCUCCCAAGCUCUCCCAGGAGCUUUGAGGAGUCAGGAGGAUGAGCGACAUUGUUCUGUGUCUACUGCACUACAGAAAAUGCUGGACGAGUGCCAAGACAGAAGGAGCUGUCAAGUCCUUGUCAACAGCCGCGUGUUUGGGACAGACCAGUGUCCCGGUAGCAGCAAAUACCUCAUUGUGUGGUACAAAUGCAGACCCAAUGAGUAUAAGAGUAAGGUGGCAUGCGAGGAGGAGAGGAUGCGACUGAGCUGCAAACACGGGAUGCAGAUCGCCGUUUACUCCGCCAUGUUCGGUCGGACCCAGCAGGGAACGCUGGAAUGUCCACUGCUGCACCACCGGAGGGCGCCGUCACUAGACUGCCAGUCACCUGUCGCUCUGCAGGUUUUAACCGCUCGCUGUCAGGGGAAGAGGAGCUGCCUGAUACGAGCUUCCAGCAGAGACUUUGGAGACCCGUGCUAUUCUGGUACCAGGAAGUACCUCAGCGUGAUCUACACCUGUGUUCCAAAGAAGUUGAUCCGAGAACAAGGCCCCAGAGUGCCGGUGUACCCCGAACCGCCCGGCGUUCAUGACCCCAACGUGGUGGGAGACGGCACCCCUCCGGAGGGGACCUUAGUCAAAACUUCAGACACCGUUCCAGAGAGGAAACGGGUCAGGGAGUCUGGUUCUUACUCUGAGGAGAAGAAGUCUACAGAAGCUGGAACAGCAGAAGGUCCACUGCAGCCCCCAGGCAUGAAUUCCGUCAUCAACUCCACCUCCAGCUUCAACAUGGCUCUUGUCAGCAACGCACUGGCAGCCUACACCUACGUAUCUGGCCACCCAGAGCGAGCGGCAUUGUUCUUCGUCUGCGGCGUGUGUUUGGGUCUCUUCCUCAUUCUUUUUGCCCUGGUGGUUCAGAUAUCCUAUCGCACUGACUGCCAGCCCCGGCAGCGGCCUCCCGCCAAAAAGCGAGCUCGCCCCACCGAAUCGUCAUCGAACACCAGCGACUCGGAAUCUGACUGGGACACCACCUCGGACCUGUCGGCACGUAGGCACCGGCGAUUUGAGCGCACGCUUAACAUGAAUGUGUUCACAUCAGCGGAGGAGCUAGAGAGGGCGCAGAGACUUGAGGAAAGGGAGCGGAUAAUUCGGGAGAUCUGGAUGAACGGGCAGCCGGACAUCCCCGGAACACGCAGCCUUAAUCGAUAUUACUGAAGAGCUUUUGAUGGAAAACCUCUGACUUUUUCUCACUCGAAAGGAUGCACUUCCGUGGGAACGGACAAGAGAGUGGGCUCUUUUAAAACUUUAUAUGCAAGAGCUGACAGUGGAACACUGCUUAGAAUUCACAGUGAUGAGCCCAGUGGAAAGUUUGGCAUAACCCAGUGGUAUCAUAAGAUAUACCCCUCUCAUUAAGACCAUAAAAUCCCACUUUUGAAUGAAAGUGCAUUUUUUUUCAGUGGUAUUUACUGAUGGAAGUCUAUCUGCUGCACUACCUUGCCCAAAACCUCAGAAAACCAUUUUGAAGGUAGGAUUUAUUCCCAAUAGUCCUGUACGGAUUACAUGGAGACUGAAGGACCAAUGCCUCAGUAGGACUGAACGUGGGGCUCCGUCAAAAACCAGCAACAGGUUGACGCUCAACGCUGUCCGUGCUCAUGUCGGGGCUCAAUAACACAACAACAAAGUGUAUUUGGACAGCGUUUUAGACAAUCUUUCCACAGUGAUUCUCCAUGCUGUUUUGCAAUUUUAAAGAACCAAACAAUGUUUCUUGGGAAUUCAUCUCAACCCUUCUUAAAUCUAUUUUAUAAUAUUUAAUAGUUUGUUGAUGAUGUGUAUUUUUGUCCUUGAGUAUGGUUAUAUUAUGAGAUAUUUUUAUACCUGGCAAAUGUUGUCUGGCACCUCAGGGAUGCAAUCCUAGUGUUCUUUGUUUGUAUUUGCUUCCAAAAAAGGGGGAUCAGCCCAUUUAAACAGCUAUGUCAGCAUUGAAAAUAAAAAAAUAAAGAUUUAAAUAUAAUUUUCAAAGCCUCAAAGAGGUUUAGGGAUUUAAACAUAUUUUUGAUACACUGCUUAAAUCCAGUGACAAAAGUUCUCUAGGAAAUACUGGACUUCCAAGUGUGGCAGGGACUGCUGUUUAUGCCAAAAAAAAUUGGAACAUCAAAAUGAUGUAUUUGACUCCAUUUUAAAGAAAACAUAACCUGCAAUUAAUGUUAACGUAUCUAGCUGACCACUAGUGGUUAAUGUUAGUGUGCGGUCACACAAACUGCAGCUUAUGCUAGCGUGACCACAUACGUAUACUCACUGUGACUAAUGGUGCGUUUCAUUUGUAGUCUUGAGUUCGGAAUUUCCCAGCUGCCCCCCCCCCCCCCCGAACACCCCCUCAAGUCAGAAUUCCAACUUGUCAACUUGUUUGAACCCCACAUACUCAGAGUUCACAAUCCAAGAUGGCUGCUUCUACAAGCAACAAUAGUGAAAGCUGUAGGGUUUUUUUUUUUUUUAUGUUUUUUGGCACUUUUUAAAACACCACUAAAUUAAAGUAAGAUUUGCACACAGUACUGCCCUACUGCUGCUAUCUGUGCACACAGUGCUAUGGUAUUCAUAUGCGUGAAAUAUCACAUAAUGUACUUUUUAUCAAGUGGCGCCGCUAAUAUUUGCUAACCCGGUAGAUGUUAACAACAACUAGCUACACAGUGCUACAAACUGAGCAGUAAAUUAAAACAACUUCUGCACUAUCUGUUUUCUUCCAAAAGGUCUCUUUGGUGGACAGAAUAUUUUUUUUUCUAGCACUCUACACUUCAAAAACUUGCAGGGUCAAGAUUAUUCUCCGAUUUGUCUGAGUUUAUUUAGGAGUUUGACAGAGCUCAUGAACAUUUUGAACAUGUUCAGAUGGGUACAAGUUUAACCGACCUUUCCUCACUUGUGCUGACCAGGGUUCUCACAAAGAUUUUUUCACAGCAUAGGGGGGAACUUAGCGGGGCCUAGCUGCGCAACGAGCAUUGCAAGCGCAAGUAUUGUAGAAUGGUCCAAGGGCAUCUCCUCCCCCAGAAAACUUUGAAGUUUAUAAUGCUUUGAAACACUAUUUCCUGUAUUUUGAAGGCCUCUUUUUGUUGGUAACUGGGACGUUAAAUAACGUGCGACAUGUCCUUUAAAAAAAUGGGAAAAAAAAAAUCCAGGAAAGCCCCCUAUGCUGGUUAAAUCAUAGCAUAGGGGCCCAAAUCACAGUGUAGGGGAUCCAAAUCACAACAUAGUGACCCCUAUGCUCAACUGCACUGGUGAAAACCCUGUGAUCUAUGAUGAGUUUAGAAAUGAGCAUUGAAGGAACUAUCCUGAGUUGAGUAUUAGUUGUCUGGAGUUGAUCUGAAGCUACAGGUUUGGCUGGAGUUCACCAUGACUAUGAAAGAUGUUCACCUGGAUUGUACCCAGAUUUAUUUCGGCAUGGAAACCAAGUUGGACCUACCUUACUCCGAGCUAUUUUGAAUUGAGUACAAGCUAAGCCAUUGUAGUUAUCAGUUUGAGUUACCAAAACUUAGACCAGUAUGAGUUUAAUUGAGUUUUCCCAAAUUGUGCUGAGCCAUAUCGAGUAAUAUACCGAGUUCCUUUGGAGUAGUAUAAGAGCUAGGUCGAAUCAGUACUCAGGCAAACUCUGUGCUAAUGAUUGACAGGUGCGAGAGCUGGGGAAGUUAACUAACCCACCCAGAGUUGCAACUUAGCCCAAAUUGGCACCAGGCAUACUUUAGUGUUUUCUUUUAUACGGCCUGUCCGCAGAGGUGCCAAAAAUGGAAGAAUAAGGAGAAGGAUUCUAGGGGCCCAUGAUUAACAGGAGACCAGAGAGGCCCCUAAUACAAUUAUAAUACUGACAAAAUAAUAUGGGGGGGUGACCCAGUAAGAUUUCUUUUCAUGGGGCCCAAAAACCCUGGCAGCGCCCCUGCCUGUCCAUAGUCAAACAUGCAAUGUUAGUAUUCCCUCUGGCACAAAUAGCAGGAUGUUACACAUCUGGAAGUUUGACAAUUCCUGGUAAAACCUGGUCACUGAUUUUGCAGUGCAGUGCCUUUCCAAGCUAUUAAGUCACUGUUACCAAAAAUGCAGCUAGUUUAUGACUGAGUAACUGAUCAGACGAUGCAUUGAUUUCAAGUUACAAACAAAUCGGAUUAUACGUGUAUUCUGUUUUCUCUUGCUUUGCUAAGUGGAGCGAGUGUGUGUGAAAUCCACAUAGAAAUUAAGAAUGUUUCUGUUAAGCGUUGAACUUUCUGUCUGCCUAAAUGUAAAUGAACGUAACCAGAUCAUGCAAAGUCUAUCAGUGGAUAUAUGUGAUACUCACUACUACUUUAUCUUUUUCCUGCAUGGAAAACUGUGGGGGCGCUUAUGGAAAACUUCUUGUUGCUGACUGUGUCCUUAUCUCAGAGACAGUGUAAAAACAGAAGGGCACCUGUGGUGUCAUCACAGUUUGACGAAGGAACCGGCACUGCAGUAAAAGUUUCAUAAUGGACAUGCAAGCUGGGUCUCUUAAAUCACGUUGCCAGUUUUAUCAUAUAAGCUAUCGUCAGUUCAGUUGUGUUUGUGCUGCACUGAAUUCAGAUGCAAAAAAAUAAAAAAUAAAAAACACUUUUAAAUUUCCUCAAGUGCUUUUCAUGUCAGAGUUGAAUUGAAAGUACUCGGGACACAAUAUGUAGAGUAUCAUGCACAUUUAAACUGACACUAUGCAGGUUUUGCAGUGCUGUCUUUCAAUUUGAAUGGGGGUUAAAAUGUGCCACUAGCUGGUGAAGUGAGACCAAAAUACGACUCCUGUGCUUGGAAUAAAAUGUUUAAAACAGUC